AUGUCUUCUCAAGACCGCGAUGUUUUGCCUAAGGGCCUUAAGCCCGUUAAUUACAAUCUAAAGAUCUACGAAAUUGAUACCGAAGCUCUUACUUUCAACGGUACCGUCGUCAUUCAUUAUGCUGUUACCGCUCCCACAAGCGCGGUCUACCUCAAUGCACGCGACCUGACUAUCAAGGAUGCAACUGUCGCCACCUUUUCCACAAAAACCGAGUCGGUCAUUGAUGUGACCUCCAUCUCAUAUGACAAGCCUACAGAGGUUGUGACUUUGGAAUUGGCUACUCCUAUUGGGGAGGCUGUCAGUAAGGUUCUUGUCACUGUCAAUUACUCAGGUAUUAUCCAAACAAACAUGGCUGGCUUCUAUCGCUCCAAGUACAAGGAGGCUUCUUCCGGAAAGGACACCCUUAUGCUGUCUACACAGUUCGAAGCUACUGAUGCUCGUCGUGCUUUCCCUUGUGCUGAUGAACCUAAUCUUAAGGCCACCUUUGACCUUUCCAUUGCUGUUCCAGAGACAUGGACUGCUAUUUCCAACAUGCCCAUUGUCUCCAGUCAAACCCCAGGCAGUGGUAAGAAGUCUGGUGAGGACGGCUCAAACACCAAGAUUGUUACUUUUGAUACCACUCCUGUCAUGAGCACUUACUUGCUUGCUUGGGCUACUGGUGAUUUUGAGUACAUUGAAGCCUUUACCGAAAAAUCUUACAAUGGUCGCAAGUUGCCUGUGAGAGUCUACACCACUAAGGGUCUUUCCAGCCAGGGUCAAUUGGCUCUUGAAAGCGCUGCCAAGAUUGUUGAUUACUUUUCUGAAAUUUUUGAUAUCGAUUAUGCUCUUCCUAAAGUCGACCUGUUGGCUGUCCACGAAUUUUCACACGGUGCCAUGGAGAACUGGGGUCUCAUUACUUACCGCACUACCGCUGUUCUUUACGAUGAGGAAACUAGUGAUGCUGCUUACAAGACUCGGGUAGUUUACGUCGUUGCCCAUGAGCUGGCUCAUCAAUGGUUCGGCAACCUCGUCACCAUGGACUGGUGGAACGAGCUUUGGCUUAAUGAAGGCUUUGCCACUUAUGUCGGCUGGCUGGCAGUUGACCACCUAUACCCUGAUUGGCAGGUCUUUUCCCGUUUCAUUACCGAGGCUCUUCAGGGUGCCUUUGGCCUUGACUCUUUGCGUCAAUCUCAUCCCAUUGAAGUUCCUGUUAAGUCUGCUCUCGAUAUUGAUCAGAUUUUUGACAGUAUAUCUUAUCUCAAGGGUGCUUCUACCAUUCGCAUGCUGAGUAACCAGCUUGGCACUCAAACCUUCCUCAAGGGUGUUUCCAACUACCUUAAAAAGCAUGCUUAUGGUAAUGCCCACACUAUCGACCUUUGGUCUUCGCUUUCUGAUGUCUCAGGUAUCGAUGUUGAUGCUGCCAUGAAGAACUGGACUGGAAAGAUUGGUUUCCCUGUUAUCACUGUUGUUGUUAAUAAGGAUACCGGCGAUGUCACUCUUCAGCAGGAUCGUUUCCUUAGAGGUGGUGAUGUUAAACCUGAAGAGAAUGAGACUGUCUGGUGGGUCCCCCUGUCGCUUUCCAGCGGUGCUGAAGCUGAUGCCACUAUCACAUCUUCUUCUGGAACCACUUUGGAAACCAAGGAUCUUGUUCUUCUUGGUCUUGCUAACGAAGUUGACUUUUUCCUUUUAAAUAAAAACCAGACUAACGUCUACCGCGUUAAUUACUCUGCUGAACAGCUCACAAACAUUGCCUCCAAUAUUGAGAAACUUUCUCUCAAUGACAGAAUCGGUGUUGUUGCUGAUGCUGCUUCUCUCGCCAUUGCUGGAAGCGGCUCUACCUCUGGUCUUUUAUCUCUGAUCUUGGCUCUCAAGAAAGACACUAGCUUUGAGGUAUGGAGUGAGAUUCUUAAGCGUCUCGGUGCUCUUCGUUCUGUUUGGUUUGAACAAGAUGAAGAGUCUCAAAAGGGUCUUGCUGCUCUUACUAGGGACGUUCUUUCUUACAAUCUGGAACAACUUGGCUGGGAAUUUGCUAAGGAUGAGGGCUACCGCACUGGCCGUUUGAGAACUCUCAUCAUUGGCUCUUCUGUUAAGGUUGGUGUUGAGAGCGUGAUUUCCGAAGCCAAGACUCGUUUUGCUAAGUGGAAGACUGGCGACAAGUCUGCUAUCCAUCCAUCUCUUCGUCACGCUGUUUUCACAGCUGUACUUAAGUAUACCACUGGUUCUGAGCUUACCGAAGCUUACGAUGCAAUUUUCCAGGAGGUUGUUAAGCCUUCUAGUGUUGACAGUGCUGAGAUUGCUCUUUCUUCUCUCGGCUCUGUGACUGAUGCUGCUUUGAUUGACCGCGGUCUUAACUAUAUUUUAUCUGAUGAAGUUCCUUCUCAAGAUACCCAUUCUAUUGGUGGCUCACUUGCUGCCAAUGUUGUUGCCCGUUGGAAGUCAUGGGAGUAUCUCAAGGCCAACUGGGAUGCCAUUUACAAGAAGUUUUCCACCAACAUGGUUGUUUUGGACCGUCUCGUGCGUCUUAUGAUUACCAAUUUUGCUUCUGAGAAGGCAUACAAGGAAAUUGAAACAUUCUAUAGCGACAAAAAUACACAUGGCUUUGAGCGCUCCUUGGGCCAGGCUCUUGACACUAUCAAGGCAAAUACUGAGUGGGUUGAGCGUGACGGCAAGGAAGUCAAGCAAUGGCUUGUUGAAAACAAGUACAUUUAA